UAGGCCCGCCGGCCCCGCCUUCCGCUCUCGCCGCGGAGUUGCUCCCGUGUCGCUGCUCCCUCCUCCGCCUCGCGUCCUGACUCUUUUCCCUCCUUUCCCUCAGAGGAUGUCCGCCUUCCAGAUCAACCUCAACCCGCUCAAGGAGCCGCUUGGCUUCAUCAAGAUCCUCGAGUGGUUUGCUUCCAUCUUUGCUUUUGCCACCUGCGGUGGAUUUAAGGGCAAAACAGAAAUUCAAGUGGGCUGUCCUUCUAAACCUGGUGACAAUAAGACAGUUACAGCUACUUUUGGUUAUCCAUUCAGGUUGAAUCAGGCAUCAUUUCAUGCCCCUCCAAAUGUCAAUGUGUGUGCCGUGAACUGGGAAAAGCAUGUUCUCAUCGGUGAUUACUCCUCUUCUGCACAGUUCUACGUUACGUUUGCAGUCUUUGUGUUCCUGUACUGCAUUGCUGCCCUUCUGCUCUAUGUUGGUUACACGAACCUCUACCGGGAUAGUCGCAAGCUGCCCAUGAUUGACUUUAUUGUUACUCUUGUUGCUACUUUUUUGUGGUUGGUGAGUUCCUCAGCCUGGGCUAAAGCUCUUACAGAUAUUAAAAUAGCUACUGGACACAGAAUUGUUGAGGAACUUGAUCCCUGCAAGUCAGCAGUGUCGUGUCACUUUGUCUCUGUGACCAGUAUGGGAUCCCUGAAUGUAUCCGUGAUCUUUGGCUUUCUGAAUAUGAUCCUUUGGGGAGGAAAUGCUUGGUUUGUGUACAAGGAGACCAGCUUACAUAGUCCAUCAAAUACGUCAGCUUCCCACAGCCAAGGAGGUGGCCCACCCACUUCUGGAAUGUAAUUAAAGGGAGAAAUACACUGUAUGAAAUGUGUGCUGUACUAUGCCUUGUUGCCAACAUCUUGAGAAGCAUUAUUGUUUCUAAUAAAAAGUAUUGGCUUUUUCAGUAAAUUGGUGGGUUUAAAAAUUUGCUGCUUUUCUACAUAAAACGUGCCUUUUCUAGAAAUUUAAGAUGUAAAUGUAUUUUUACAUGUAAGUUUGAAAAUUCAGGAGCCUGUUAUGAGAUGAUGUUACUUUUAACUGAACAAUAAUUUAACUAAGUUGCUUCUAAAGUGUUUACACCUUAAACUUUAACAUAAACCUUCAUUCAGAAAACAGUUAUGUUGUAUCAUAAUAUAGGAAGAAUGUGUUUGGAAUAUACACUACUGUUAGUUUGUACACAUCAUAUCCUUAAGGCUUGGCUUGUUUAAGAAAACCUUGAUUGCAUAAAUCAUAUUUAGAAAAAAAUUAGUGCAAUUUUAUAUUUGAAUUCAUGUUAAAAAAUUUUUUGAAUUGCAAAGACUGGGUAUGUAUUUUGUUUCUGUUUUUUUUUUUUUAAAUGACCUGCUGUACUUAUUAGGUGUACUAAAAUUGUCUUAGAAGCAAGAGCUUGAAAAUUAUAACAGAUGUGUAGAGUUAACUUUGCACUUGCAUUGCAUGGGUAUAUUCAUUAUUUCCGGUGGUUUCUUAGGCUUGCAAAGAGCAUGGCUCCCCAAGAUGGUUUUAUAAUGAAGGCAUUCUUGAUAAAUAUUUGUUUACUAUCCAUUAUUCAUACCAAGAGAAAAAAUCUGCUUUUUUUUCCAGACCCUGUUUAGAGGGUUACUAAAAAUUAAGGUUGCCUUUUACUUUUGAAACAUUUAACAUUUAGUCGAUGAAGUUGCUUCUCCUGAGUUUAACAUUGAUAUUGUGAAAAUAAAUGCAGUUCAGAUUUCUUAUUUCUUAAGAUUCAUUCUUCACAAAAGGGUUAUUAAGGAAUUAUGCUGGUAAAGGAACCUAAGUUAGCUGCAUUGUGUGUGUGCUGUCUUUACACACACACACACACACACACACACACACACACACGUUUGUGUAUGGUCAGAAUACGAUGCUUUGUGUUCCCGUUUUUUUGUUGUUGUUGUACAGGGAUUCAGACUUCCUAUUCUUAA